GUGGUGGAUGUGUCGACCUAAGCCGACGCCGCGACGAUCCCAAGCGAGAGGUUUCUUUGAGGUCGGCCGGUCCGACACCACAGCGAGAUUGAAAAUCUUUACAUGCGUUGGACUGCGCGCUAUACCGACUUGAUUCAAACAGACGGAAUUCCGCCGCCGCCGCCGCCACGAUGCUGCUGACCUGACCGCAGCACCGAAAAAUGUAAAUGUGCAAGAACAACUAAUUGCUGUUGAGUGUUAUUGUGAUGUACGAUGGCAUACAAAUGUCGGGAGGAGAUCGUAGGGAAGCGCUUUUUAUCAGUGAGUGGCAUUUGCAAGUUAAAAGCGGGUAAAAUCAGUGAGUGGGGGUGGAGGGCUGGUGUCAUACGUGCUGCUACACAUAAGGACAACGCUCAUCCGGAAUUACAGAUUCUUGUGGAAUAUGACGACGUCGAGUGGCAUCGAAGGGAAUGGAUUUGCAUCUACAAGGACAAACUGUUCCACCUGUUCCUGGUGGAGCAGGGGCUGGUCUGGGUCGAGCGUAGAGAUCCUUUCGCUCCAUCAAACACAACGGCAGUCCUAUGGCCUGCUCUUACGUUUUCGCCUCUGGUAUCCCCCGUAGAUAUGGUGCUCAAACUGCAGCCGGUGGAAUUUCUGCUCGACAAAGAACUGGCUUUCGAAGAUUACAAACCACUCAAACCUUUCCAGGAGUGGGAUUCGAGUUUGCCAGGUGUGCCAGACUAUCCAGAAUUGAAGGCAGCCGUAAGACGCUGGGCCGAACAGCAAGAUGGUCAGCGUAUUCUUUUGACCACACCCAGCGUCUUGGCGGGUUAUAGGGUGGAGGUGUACAGGGCCGAGGGCACGACACAAUGGUACACGGCGGUGAUAGUAGGAUACAACGAAGCUACAAGGGACCUGACUGUAACGGACGACACUGUGCUGGAGGCUCAUAACGAGGAUCCCGCAUUGGUGCAGAUGCGUCUUAUAGGCGACGGUGUGGUGGAGUCGAUCAUGCGCGGGGAGAACGUGGGCAUCACCCCCCGGAGGUCGCGAUCAGCCGUGCUACAGACACAGCAUCAGCAGCAGCCGAGCCGCGUGGUCCGAGGAUUAUCAGUGCCCUCCGGUUCAGCGACAAGUGUCAACGGCAGGAAGCAGCGAUCUGGAAGGCCCCCUUUGGAAGUCGCCGCCAACGGAGGAACAUCGCCGGAACCGCUCGAUAAAGGCCCGGCAAGUAAAACAAGGAAACGGAAACCAAGCGAGUCGGAAAGUUCGUCCGCGAAAGGCCGUCACAAUUUUGGUGCUACAAAAGAAGAUUUAGAGAAUAAGCAAAACCGGAAAAAGAACCUGUGUAAUCGUGGCAGCAGCAAGAAGAAAGUGUUGGAGGAGAAGACCAACAGCAAGCUCCGGGAGGUAGAGAUCCGAGUAGAGGACUGCCUGCAGACCGUCUCGCCCCGACCCGCCGUACUCUCCGCCAUCUGCAGGCGAUCGUCGUCCGAAGAAGAGGUCGGCGAGUCCAAGUCCGCAGAGUGCGACGACAGCACUCUCGAUGACACCAGCAACGGCAGCAGCGUGCAACUAGUGCCGGUCGAGGAAGUCCGCGACGAUGAGCAAGUGCGCGAUUCUAUGCCGGUGUCUGGAGCGGUAACUGACGUAGUCAGUGAGGAGGACGACUGUGUGAUAGUGGCCCAGAGGACAACCAAAGCCGAGGGGCGCGAGUGCUCUAGUCGCGGUGACGAUGACGGACCCCUGUCCUCGUCCUCGCCCUUCAGCAGGAUGGAACUCUCUGAUGCCGCGAACGCGUCGUUGCGCUUCCCAGAUGACCGGUCCGACUCGGGCGUGAGCUCUCUGCGCUCUAGCAGCGGCGAUGAACGCUCCGGAUCGCGUUCGAGUGCGUUGAGUUCGUCCGACGAGCCGCAGAAUAACUCCCACAACCAGCCGACGAACCGGUCGCCGCUCUUCAUCCCGGCCAGCGGCCACGCGACCGUCGCCGCCACCGAGCCGGUGCGCGUGUGGAGGGACCCCAACUUGCUGUUGGAGUCGGAACCGCACGUCCGCCACAUACACAGCGUGCAGCACCAGUCGCUGCUCAUGUCGCACCCAUCCACGCCGGCCGCAUCGGGCCCACCACCCACCUCCGCAGCAGCAGCCACCCACCCGGCCUCCCUUUUUCCGCCCGUUGCGCCUCCGCCGACGCUCAUGAGUCCCCAUGCGCUGCCCCACCACCCCCACCUGGCGCCGGCGGCGCUCUACCCUCACGCACACCAUUUGACCGACAUCAUAUGGAAGCAGCAGCAGAGGUACCAGCCGCUGUCGGUCGGGCCGGCGCACUUGCUGACGCAGCCGGGGGCGCACCCCACGGAGGAGAUGCUGGAGAGGAUGCAGGACAGGAUGCAGGACAGGGAGCGGCUUCUCAGGGAGAGACAGAAUCAAGAAGUCCGCGAGUUAGAGAAACACAAAGAGAAGGAACGUUUGGAACGAGAGAGACAAGAACGGGAAAAGAUGGAGAGAGACCGAGAAAAACAAGAACGGGAGCGCGAGCUUGAAAAGGAAAGGCAGGAUCAAGCUCUCCAUAAUCACUUUGAAAAAUCGUUGCGGGCAGCGCAGCAAAAGAGGGAGCAGUGGAACCCGAUCAGUAGCGGUAGACCUUCCCAGCGACCGACCAGCUCCGACGAAGAAAGAAAACGCGUAGAACAAGAAAUUCACCAGCGAGGUGAUGCCCGACAUCUGACUGUGAGAUCAGACCGAGAUCACAGAACGUACUACACGACAACAAGUCAACGUCCUCCAAGUGUACCUUCAAAAACGGAAUAUCCCCCACCUCCGGCACACAGUCGCGUACCGACGAGUAAAUCUUCGGAGAAAGUGCCGACCAUGCAUUCAUCGGCGUUACCAAAGGGCGACAUCAACGUAUUCGGUUAUCCCAUGUAUCAGCCGUAUUUCACACACGAACCAAAGAGUAAACCCGAACAUCAUAAAUCUUCCCAGCCGUCUUUAGUCGUAACGAAGAGUGGCACACCCAUCGAUAGUCGAGACGUAUUACCAAACCCCCCGCCGCUCAUGAGCGAAAUGAAGAGUUCGGUUAUCGUUAAACACGACACGGGGAAAAAUACGCACCACUUGGAACCAAGAGUGUCGAUGGCGCACUCGCCUAGCCCGAAAAUGAGAUCAGACAUGUUGAGUACGUACCACUUGCCCACUGGUCAGCCAAAGAGCAAUCUAUACGAAUACAGGAGUCCCACGCAAUCUCCCCAUCACCUUUCCCACGCUCCCAGUCCGCACCACAAUUUAGAACCACAGAAUCUGGGCAAGUCGGCACACCACCGCCAAAGCAACCAGUUGCCCAGUCCGCACCACCAGAGACAGUCCCCUCACCAUCCCCACGCCCAACAACACCCAUCUCCCGAACUGCGCUACAGAACCACCUCCGACUCACAAGCCAUGGUUUACCCGACGACGGGCAAGAGCAACUACGCGUUUUUGUCCAGCACGACUUCCGCGUACUCGCUGUCUUCAACCAACACUUCGAACUCGAAGCCGAAAGUGAGCAGCCCGGCCCCCCAUCACAUCUACGGGAAGCCGUCAGCCGGAAUCGUGGCAGGAGUUCCGGUGACUCGCCACGAGUCCGCCGCUCCCAUUCAGUUGACUGCGAAGCCGCCGCUGUCGUCGUCCGUCUCGCCCAGUCCUUACCAGCAGGUGUCGCAGUACCAUCCGCCGCAUCCACAGACCACGCCGACGAUGACUUGUCCGCCGCCCCCCGCUCACAGCCGGAUCACGCCGUCCGACCCUCGCUAUGACAGGUACGCCGUGGGGUCCGUCCCCGGGGGGUUGUCGGUUAAAGCGUCCGUGCAGCACCAUGGUACCUCACCGCCGACGGCGGCGUCCGCGCCGCUCGCCGUCACCAGAUCUCAUCCUCAGUACAUGCCCGGUGUUACCGUCUCGGUGCAAAGCUUGCCUGGGGCUCCUUCGGUGCAGACGCAGCCUCUGGAUUUGGGGGUGUCUUCGAAUAAGUACGAGCCCGCGGUUUCGCCGAAGCGCAAGGCCACGCCGGUGUCGUCGGGGAGCCCCGUGUGCUUGGAGACGAAGAAGCGGAGGAUUGAGGCCCCGCAGCAGCCCUUGCCGAUUUAUGUGGGGGCUGCGCAGCCCCAGUUGGCACGUGUCAGUGAACCGAGCCCCCUGAUUGUGAGUGCCGCCGCCACGAUAACGACUGUAGUGAACACGGCCGCGUAUCGGACCCCUUCGUUAACUUCAAGCAGCCCCAACACCGACAGCUUAGCUGACGUUUGUGUGACAGCUGUGAGUGCGGAGAAUCCGGUGCGGCCAUCUAGCGUCGAAUCGACGCAAACCAGUGUGCAGUUGAGCAGUAGCCCGGCGCCGAACCCUCCCUCGACUCAGUCGGAAACAGAAGCGCCGAACACACCUGUCAAAUUAACGAUCCCGCCUAGCUGUGUCGACUCCGAGAAAUCCAACAGUCCAGGGCCCACGAAGUCGAGCACUUACCCAGUGAGACACCUGAAAAAAGCGUGGUUGCAGCGGCACACGGGCGAAGACGUCGAGGACAACACCGGCGUCACUGGAUCCGGCAGUUGCGUCACUCUGCCCAUAAUCAGCAUGGCGUCGAACAACAAAGAGAACCCCAUCCACUCGAUCCACUCCAUCGGGUCGAUGGCCGUCAACAGCAUCAGCAAAACGAAGCAUUUUUCCAACAAGCCAAACAAUCGCAAGACGCCCAACAAAGAAACUCUGAAUGGACACCCGAACGACUCUGCCAAAGGCGACGAUUCCUCGAGCUCCGACCAGGACCGCGGCCGCAAGUCGCCGCCCAAGCGCAAGCCGCCGAAAGUGAAACGGAAAAAAGGCGGCAGCUCUUCGAAGAAAACCUCCGAAGAGAAGAAACGCAAGCCCGGAAGCCAGUCGGUGGUGGUGAGUGAGAGUGGUUCAGACAGUGAGAAGGAAAGUGGUAGUGAGAAGGACUCGGACUCGGGGGCGAGCACCACCCUAGCUCCCGGGAAAAAAUCCAACUCGGUGAGCAAAGAGCCGCGAAAGCGAGGACGAAGACCCAAGUCGUCAAAAAACGAUAAAGGCGAGGAGCCGCGCAUCAAAAAGUCCAAGGAUGAGACGGUGCCCCAGCGCGACCCCUUUCGCAAGCCUCCAGUGGGGCAACUGAAAAAGACUGGCGAGAGUUUCUUGCAAGAUGGACCGUGUUUCGAAGUGGCGCCCAAGCUGGCCAAGUGCAGAGAGUGCAGAUGGACGCCGAACCAGAGGUCGAAAAAUAUGCCCAACAUCUUCUGCCGGUUCUACGCGUUCAGGAGGUUGAGGUACACGAAGAACGGACAACUGGCCAUUGCUGGCUUCUCGGACCCUCAUAAAGACGCCUUAGAAGAUGAUUUGAAAUUGUGGCUGCCCAACCCCGAAACGCCACCGUCCGACCUGGAUCUGGAAACGUCCAGGUUUAUCUUGAAACAAGUCGGGGACCAUUUCUGUGAUCUAUUUGUGCAAGAGAAAGAGGCACACGCGGAAUACGUUUCAGAUGAUAAAACAGUAGCGUGGAAACGUGUCGUGCAAGGAGUGCGUGAGAUGUGCGAUGUCUGCGAAACCACCCUCUUCAAUUUCCAUUGGGCGUGCGGCAAGUGCGGUUUCGUCGUAUGCCUUGAUUGCUACAAGAGUCGCAAGAACGGCUCUAUAAAAGUUUGGGGCGAACCUGGCAAAGAUCGUGACGAAUACUCGUGGCUUUUGUGUACGAAUAGACAGGCUCACGAACAAGAGAAGUUGAUGCUGACUCAGAUCAUCGCCGGAGAUUCCCUUUCUCAGCUCGGCAAAAUGGUCCACGAAAUGCGCGAAUUGUGGAACAUCGAACAAUACUGCGCCUGUCCCGCGAGUAAAGAAGUCGUCCAGAAACCCAACAAUCUCCAUUACAAAGAAAUAGUCAAGAAAAUCCUGAUGGAGAGCAAAGUUAACGGCAUCAAGAAGGAAAUCAAAGAGGAGAACGACGGUAAAAGCGCACCCAACGGGGUUGUAGUCAAGGAUGAGAAAACUUCGCCUUUGUCUUGGUUGGCCGACGUGGCGUUAUCUAACGAGGACAAGAAAAACGACGAUAACAGCACGAGCGACUCGGAUGAGGGAAGUUUCUCGACUUUGCGGGAGUUGCUGAUUAGGCCGUCGCAUAAACCCAACGGGAGUAGGGCGGGGUCGCCCGUUUCCACUCAAAAGAACAACAAGAAAUUAAACGCGAAAAUUGACACUUUGGACGAAGUUAUAUCGAGCGUUAUCGAAGACAGCGUUCCUAAAGUCACAGAAGUUACGGCGGAUGUCAAGCCCGAACUUAAACAUUUCUUGAGGAGGUAUAAUUGGCAGGCGAAGGGACGCGCGCCGCUGCCCAUCAGGAUAAUGACGCUGACGGAGAGCAAGAUGCUGUACCCGGACGUCCCCCACAGUUGGCUGUGUGAUGGAAAAUUGUUAAGACUGAGCGAUUCCCAGCAUAAGGAAAACUACAAGAUAUUCCAGGAUCAGUGGAAGCGGGGCCAGCCCGUGAUCGUCUCCGACGUGACGCGGAACCUGACCAAGGACCUCUGGAACCCCGAUUCCUUCGCUCGCGAUUUCGGCGACGAGAAGAACGACCUAAUUAACUGUAUGACCGGUAACCUGGUUCCUAACCAACCGAUGCGUAAGUUCUGGGAGGGCUUCGACCACUUCUCCAAGCGUCUGAAGGACGACCGGGGCAACCCCAUGCUGCUCAAACUAAAAGACUGGCCACCGGGCGAGGACUUCGCCGAGAUGCUUCCUAGCCGCUUCAGCGACCUGAUGAAGGUGCUGCCGCUGUCCGAGUACACCCACCGGACCGGGAGGCUGAACCUCGCCAGCCGCCUGCCCGACUGCUUCGUGCGGCCCGACCUGGGCCCGAAGAUGUACAACGCGUACGGGUCGGCGCUGCACCCGUCCAAGGGCACGACCAACCUGCACCUCGACAUCUCCGACGCCGUCAACGUGAUGGUGUACGUGGGUAUCCCGAAGGACGGCGACACCGACGAGCACAUCAAGGAGGCUUUCCGCGCCAUCGACGAGGCGGGCUGCGACAUCCUGACGCGGCGGCGCGUGCGGGACAAGGGCGAGCUGCCGGGCGCGCUGUGGCACAUCUACAACGCGCGCGACGCCGACAAGAUCCGCGACCUGCUGAACAAGGUGGUGGUGGAGAAGGGGGGGCGGCUGGAGCCGCACCACGACCCCAUCCACGAUCAGAGUUGCUACCUCGACGGGCCGCUGCGCGAGCGCUUGUACAAGGAGUACGGCGUCGAGGGGUACGCGAUCGUGCAGUGUCUGGGCGACGCCGUGUUCAUUCCGGCGGGCGCGCCGCACCAGGUGCGCAACCUACACAACUGCAUCAAGGUGGCCGAGGACUUUGUGUCGCCGGAGAACGUUUCGCAUUGUUUCCAUUUGACGCAGGAGUUCCGCGACCUGUCGGACACGCACACGAACCAUGAGGACAAGUUGCAGAUUAAGAACAUUAUCUAUCACGCGGUCAAGGACGCGCUCUCGUGUAUCAGUGCGGUGUUGAACAGGCACUUGUGCAAAAAGGAGGAGACGUCGGAGCGGAACGGCGGUGGCGCCGAGGGACAGCGGAGUCCGGCGAUGGACGCGUCCGAAACCGCCUGAACUUGUGAUAGUAGACGCUUAUGAUUCGCGAAUCUUGUAAAUUACUUCUUGUGUGAUAUGAAAUGUGUUUCAGUUGGCACAUUUUUCUGUGUAUAAACGAUGCCCUAUGCACGUGAGCUGUUCUGUGUACAUACAUGUACAUUGACUUUAGUUGGAUGAAAUGCUGAAUAUGCACGGUUUAUCUUCCUGUUAGUAGUGACUAGUGGCUCGAGAGUCACCGGUUGUAAUUAGCCUAUUACACUCACUUGUUGACUACUUGGCGUCCCCAGGGACUAUAUAUCAAUGUUGUUUCAAAGUACCAGUGGUUAUUUUUGUCACUUGUAUACUGUGCCUGUUGAUAAAAAAAGGUAUUUUUAACUACCAAAACUUUUUCAAAACUCGCUAUUCAGUAUUCUUUGUGGGUUUGUAAUGUUCAGAAUAGUUACUUAUUAGUGAUUCAUAAUUGCCGCAUCUUUUCAAGUGUUAAAAUCGAUUUGAAAAAAAAAACAAAAUUUUAUAAAAAAGUGCUAUUUCAUUCAAAGUGCCAAUUACGAUUAUUUUAGGCAAAGCUGAACCAAAUGAUCUCGAUUUUGUGUUUACAACGAUGAUAACAAUUAUCCCACUUAACUUCUUACUGUAGGUAUCAAAAUCUGAACGGUUUUGAAUAUGUAAAUUUUAUUUUAAAUGUUCAUUUUUAUAAUGUCCUAUAUGUAAAUUGUUUCAAUAUGAUGUAAAAGAUUAUUAUAAUUUAUUUUGCUUUUGCAGUCAUUGAUUGUACAGUAGAAUAGACUUUUGUACAGUAACGAAUAUGUUUCCUUUGCCUCUAACAGAGGCAUGAUUUUUUUUGUACUAUGUAUAUUAUGUAAGAUCAUAGGUUUGAAUAAGAAAAUGUUUAUUAA